AUGGGAGCACGAGAACCGGCUUUCUUCUUCGUGACGGCUGGAACCGCGACGACUGGAACCGCAACGACUGGAACCGCGAAGGCUAGACCUGUGACGACCAAACCAGUUGCAGGAUCACUGACAACUGAACCCGUGGGGAUUUAUGACUUGGACCUGUACAACUCGGGUGCUCUCGGUCAGAACCCCAACCGCACUUUUCACAGCUCCAAGAUUGUGGCACCCAAGUUCGGUAUCAACAUUUGGGAUGCAGAGCAUCUCAGAGCCCACUCUCUACCCUUUCUAUUCCUUACGGCCACGGAACCAGAUUCAUCUGCCUCGCCUUUCAUUCUGAACGCAACUGACUUGAGCCUCGUCUGGGCGGAUACAACAACGCACCGCGACGCGGCAAUGAACUUCCGACCACAGACCUACCGCGGCGAAAAGUUCUUGUCCUUUUGGGAGGGAAUCAACGCCAGUGGUCGCGGGAACGGGGUAUGUGUUCUCUACGACCAAUCGUAUCAGGAGCGAUACCGAGUCACGGCCAAGGACCUAGGGUUCGGCGCGGAUCUUCACGAGUGCAAGCUCACGCACGACGGGACGGCGCUUAUUACAGUCUACAACCUGGUUCAAUAUAACCUUACCGGCGUGGGGGGGCAGGAUUAUGACCAGCUCUUGGACUGCUACUUCCAGGAGAUCGAUGUUGAAACGGGCGAUGACCGCAACGGCAAUUAUCUAAUCUCGAGUCGACACUUGCAUACCAUCGCGCUGAUUGCGGGAAAUGGCACCGAGACGCCUGGAGAGCCAAUUUGGAAAUUGAAUGGGAAACAAAAUCAAUUUCACGAUCUCUCUGGCGGAAAUGCUCUCGAUUUCUCGUGGCAACAUCAUGCACGCUUCCGUAACGACGAAGGCACUGAAAUUACCCUCUUCGAUAACCACCACCCGAGCAACGUUCCUGGGAAAACGGGAUGUACUUUAUCCUGCAGCAAGGCGAUGGCAGUUCGUCUCAAUUUCGAAAAUAUGACGGUCAGCUUGGUCGCCGAGUACGCCCAUCCGCAAAGUGUUCAGAGCGGUUCCAUGGGUAGCUUCCAAGCCCUCGACGCCGAAGGCGUGGCCAAUGGCAAUUUAGUCGUCGGCUGGGGCUCCAAUCCUGGUGUAACCGAGUACACCCAAGACGGCAAAUGUGUCAUGGACAUACAAUUUGGGGCAUAUUCUCCCGGUUAUAAGUUCGGGCACACUGUCUCAAGCUACAGAGCCUUCAAGGGUGAUUGGAUUGGUCGUCCAACAACCGACCCGGACCUUAGUACCAACUGGGCUGCUCACGAAAUUUAUGUUAGCUGGAAUGGAGCUACAGAGGUCCGAUCAUGGGCUGUGUAUGCCGGUGACAAAGCAAAAAAUGAUGUUGUUGCUGUGAGGCACAGGAGAAAUGUUGCCAAGGAUGGAUUUGAGACAGCAAUUCGUGUCCCGCAACACAGCUGGGUGGAAGUAAGAGGACUAGACAUCAAUGGCAAAGUCCUUGGAUCAACAGGAGUCUGGGAAUAUAAACGCAAUGUAAAAGUUGCUCUAUGAAAGAUGUCAUAAAGACGUUUUACUUACUAGGAAAUAGCUAUGCGAUUUCAUUAUUAAUAAAACACGGGAAAUAUAUUACUGUUCGACAACAAACUCUGUCCCGUUCCAAAAUUAGGCGCACCCCUGUUGUUGGACAGUCUAUUUCAUCAGUAAUUACCCAAGCAAAGCACAAUAAUGAUGUCGAUACUCAACCGGAAUGUUUCCAUUACUAUCAUACUAUUUCACCCCCAUUCUGACUUGUACUUCCUCUCUGGAGAUUGUAAUCGCAAUGUUGAUCUUGAAUGGUAAUCUCUGAUUCUUCUUUCCACUCCACUUUUGUC